AUGGUCUUCUCGUUUUUGUGCAAAGUGGGGUCGAUAAUCGUCGGCACGCUCUUUCCCUGCUUCAACACCUACAAAGCGGCGAAACGGCGAGAUGGGCCACUGCAGAAAUUCUACACCAAAUACUGGACAAUCUUUGCGUGUGUAUCUUCAAUUGAAGCGAUUGCUGACCUCUUCUACAUUACGUCUCUCGUCCCUGGAUACGAAUUAGCUUUCUUGCUUUGGACAUCUACAGAUGAAGCUAUGAGCAGCACUGGACGACUGGCAUUCAGGGCGGCGGGUAGUCUCUUCACAAGGACUUUUGAACAGCCUCAAGCCGUCUAUUCGGCUCGGGUUGUCGAAGUAGAAGAAUUGGAUGACGAGGAUUGGGGGGAAUAUAUUCCAAAAGAAAAGCACGAAGAAACACGAAGAAGUUUUGUCAGCAGGAGGCCUCAGAAAGCGCCGGAAACAAAGACGACUCCACUUCGUCGAUCAAAGCGGCAGCAGGAAAAGCAUAGGGCAAGCAUUGCCAGCAAAGACUCUGGCGAUGAAGACGAGGCAAAUUCAUCGGAUCAGGUCUUCAACCUGGGAAGUGAUGAAUUAGCAACAGAUGAUGAAGGGGCUUCACGAUCAAAGAUGGCACAGUCCAAAUCAAAGAGAGGAGGACUGGGAAGGCGUGGAAGGGGCAGAAAUCCAACGAUGACCUAUCGGGCGAAUGAUUCAACU